AUGUUUUAUGGAAUGGAAUGGAGGAUAAUAAAAGCUGCAGUUUGGUAUAAAUUAAUUGCUAUUAUUAUUAUUUACAUUUGCACUACAAUUAUACCUUCAUUUGAUAGCAGUGCAGAUAUUAUACUAUCCGAUGAAUCUAAUUCGUUUAUACGUGCUCUCACAAAGCCGUUAUUGAGGUGGGACACCUUCCAUUUCGCAAAUAGAGCCACAAGAGAGUCAUCAACUUGGAAAUGGGAUUAUGAAGUCGCUUUUAUGCCACUCCUACCCCUUAUCAUGCGUUUUGGGGGUAAAUUACUUUCAAAAGUGAGAAUGUCAGCAAUUUCUUACUCAGAUGUCAUACUAGGUGGUGCAUUAUUCACAAAUAUCAUCAGCCUUCUUAUUCCACUCGAAUUGUACAGGUUGACAAGGGUGACGUUCCCCCACAUGAAGGCUCAGAGGGCAGCUCUUCCAGUGAUGAUUAUGUUGGCAUGCACGCCCUCUCCACCAUCACUGAUUGCACCCUACACUGAAGCUGUAUACGCACCACUGUCGCUCAUGCUCGCCCGUUUAGUAAAAGAAGAAAAGUGGGGGCGAGCAUAUGUGGUUGCAUUCCUAGCUGGUAGUGUACGCGCUAAUGGAUUCUUCCUUGGCGGAUUCUUCAUAUACCAAGCUUUACUCUUCCCUCUCCUUGAGAAGAGACAGAUACCCUCAAAUUUGGUCUCUCGCAUUAUUAUAACAGUACUUGGAUUGUUGGCAUCAUUUGCACCUUUCGUUUAUACCCAAUUCGAAGCCUAUCAACGUCUUUGUCCAGGUGAUGACUUCUGCAAUAACUUUAUUCCAAUUGCAUACAACCAUGUACAAAAACGCUACUGGGAUAAUGGCUUCUUGUCAUAUUGGACACUUCAACAGAUACCGAACUUCGCAAUCUCAUUCCCAAUCUAUCUGAUGUCUUUUAGGGCAUUGAAAGAAAAGAUUACACUAAACACACUCCCUCAUUACAUUUUACACUUAGUCAUAAUAUUAACAUUGUUAUUCUACUCCAAUGUCCAAAUAGCGUUGAGAUUUUCAACUGCUUUGCCUUUAUUAUGGUGGCAUGUUGCUUCCAAUGAAAAUGAAGGAAUACCAAAGGCGUUUAUAAUGUGGUCACAAACCUGGUCUGUCGUUAGUUGCAUCCUCUGGUCGGUUUUUCUACCACCAGCGUGA